UCCAGUCCACGUUUUUCCCUGCACCCUCUCCAAGGGUUGUGUGGGUUAUAAGAAGAAAUAGAGGAAAUAACAAGCCAACAAACAAGAGGGGUGUGCUGCCAAACAGGAAAGCGUUGGUAUGUGGUGUAUGAGGGGAGAACAUGUGAGGGGAAUCCGAGAGAUCAGGAAGCAUUUCUUUGUUGCUGCUGCUGCUGCUGCGAUCCCGGAGCAUCUGCACCUUCACUGGAGUCUGCAGCAUCUCUCCCUCCGUGCAGCCUCCUCAUCCCAGGGUGAAUUAUUCAACGACUAAUGGCUGGAGGAAGAUGUGGGAUCAGGCUUUCGAAGAACAGAAAGGUUUCAGAGCAUCGCAGACAAAGGGAGCCCUGAAUCUGUGACACAUCCCCAUCCUCCAGGCUCCCCCUCCCCUCCUCCUCAUUCUCCCUCCUGACCUGCCACCACCUGGAGCCCGGACUCUUAAUGGCUUUUCUGCUGAGAAGAUGGAGGGUCUCACUGGUGCUGAAUGUGAUUGCGGUUGCUGGGUUCAUUACGUUCUGGGCCAGGUGCAACACACACAGUCACCAAGCCGCCGGUCGCGAGGCCCCGGCUGACGAGAGGAGGCCCCGGGGCAACAGGAUGGCACAGGGGCCCAACAUCAGCCAUGAGGUGCUGCUGAAGAGGCUCAGCUCACUGGAGGACGUGGUGUACAGGCAGCUAAACGGUCUGUCCAAAUCUCUGGGCCUGAUCGAGGGCUUCGGGGGUCGAGGUGAAGGCGGCUUGCCCGCCACAUUGUCUCCAUCCGAGGAGAGCAUCGCUAAUAACUUGAUCGAGAAGUACGGCUACAACGCGUACCUCAGCGACAAAGUCUCUCUGGAUCGCACCACACCAGACUUCAGGCCCAGCAAAUGCACAAAGGUCAGCUACCCGAGAGACCUCCCCCAGAUCUCCCUCAUCUUCAUCUUCGUGAACGAGGCCCUGUCAGUGCUCCUACGCUCGGUCCACUCAGCUGUCAAUCACACGCCGGCUCACUUGCUCAAGGAAAUCAUCCUGGUGGACGACAAAAGUGAUGACGAGCAGCUGAAGGGACCGCUGGAGGAGUAUGUGAACAAGCGUUAUCCCGGCCUGGUGAAGAUCGUCAGAAACCAGAAGAGAGAGGGACUCAUCCGAGCCAGGAUCGAGGGCUGGAAGGUCGCUUCUGCAGAGAUGACGGGGUUUUUUGACGCCCAUGUGGAGUUCACCCCGUUCUGGGCCGAGCCGGUUCUUGCCCGGAUAAAAGAGGACCACAAGAGGAUAGUUCUGCCCUCCAUCGACAACAUCAAAUAUGACACGCUGGAGCUGGAGCCCUUCAGGAACUCUGGACACGGCUACAACUGGGAGCUGUGGUGCAUGUACAUCCCCCCGCCCAAAGAGUGGCACGAGGAGGGGGACGAGUCAGCCCCCAUCAGGUCCCCGGCCAUGAUCGGCUGCUCCUUCGUAGUGAACCACGAGUACUUCGGUGAGCUCGGCCUGCUGGACUCAGGCAUGGAGGUCUACGGAGGGGAGAACAUCGAGCUGGGCAUCAAGACCUGGCUGUGUGGAGGCAGUAUGGAGGUGCUGCCUUGCUCCAGAGUGGCUCACAUGGCUCGGAGGAAGAAACCCUACUUCUACGACAUCAUCGCCCAAAUGCGGCGCAACGCUCUACGAGUGGCCGAGGUCUGGUUGGACGAGUACAAGUCCAACGUCUACCAGGCCUGGAACAUCCCCAUGGAGAACCACGGUAUUGAUUUCGGGGACAUCUCUGAGAGGGUCGCACUGAGGAAGAGUCUGAAGUGUAAAAAGUUUGAGUGGUACCUUGACAAUGUUUACCCAGAGAUGAGGAGGUACACAAACACGCUGUUCUAUGGACAGAUCCGCAGCAGUAAAGCCAGCCACCUGUGUGUAGACCAGGGUGAGAAGACGAACCACACGGCCAUCCUUCACCCCUGCCACGAGUGGAAUCCUCAGCUGGGACGUUACACCAGAGAGGGUCAGCUGUUUCUGGGCGCUCUGGGCAGCACGGGGGACGACACUCUAUGUGUGGUCGACGAUCAGAUGAGCCCCUAUCCUCGGCUUUUCAACUGUGAAGAGUUGACCGACGAGAAGCAGAAGACGUGGAAUUUCAGUCAGAACAAAUCUUUCGUGAACCGAGCCUCAGGACGCUGCCUGGAGGUGGUGCCAGCUAAUAAAGAAUUCGGCUAUCAGCUGGUUCUGCAGCCCUGCUCCGGUCAGACGUGGACCAUCAAGAACACCAUCAAGCAAUAGUCAAUGGAUUGACUUCACUGGGACCAAGGACAGCAGAGGCCAGCUUCCAGAGAUGUUGCCUAAUCUCAGCCUGGCCAACUUAAGAAGCAGAGGCUCCUCACAUUCACGAGAAGAGGUGGAGAAGGUUCCUGAGAGAUCUGAGGUGGGAACUUCUCAGUGAGACAGGUUUUGUGGGAAACUCUUGUUUUUAAGGGAUUCAAAAUAAUGCAAGUUCCAGCAUGAGGACUGUUUGUCUUUCACAAAAGGACUAACUGUUGAUGUGCCGUUGCCAUGAUUCAUGUGUGUGCCACUUCUCCAUGUUUUAGGUUUUAAAACUGGAGCUUUGAUAAGUCAAAACUGUGUUGUGUCUAAUGUGGUACAAAUUAAGGUUUCUGUCCUCAUCUUCAGAAUGUUUCAGCGUUACAGUUCAGGUUUUAUGUUUCAGUGAAAGAAUCAAAUACAACCCCGACUCACAGAACGUUGGGACGCUGUGCAAAAAUGUUCCUGAAAACAGAAAGUGAGGAUUUGAAAAUCAUUGAAAUUGUGCAAAGACAACAAAAAGUAUAGCUAAAAUAAAUCACCUGGAAGAUUAUCUCCAAGUAAUACUGUCAAUACUGUUAUUACCAUAAUACCUUCAAUAGGCUGGGUAUGAAAAGGACAUUCUAGAGAGACUGAAUCCUUAAGAAGCAGAGAUGAGAAGAUGAUCACCUUUCUGUGAGAGACUGGGUGAGCAUAUAAUCAAUACAAUUUUAAAAUAAUGAUCCCAUCUAAAUCUACAGUACAUAUCAUUCAAAGAUUCAGAGAAUCCAGAGACAUCUCUGUACAAAAGAGACAAUGUCAAAAAACUAAAAUUGACAAAUUAAACUCUGACAUUCUUUUUGGAAAUCUUGGACGCCUCUGCUCUUAAGAGGAAAAGGAACACUCAGGUUGUUGUCAGCACACAGUUCAUAGGAGAGCAUCCCUGAUGGUAUUAGGACGCACAAGUGACCAUGACAUAGGUCGCUUACACAUCUGGGACGGCUCCAUUAACACUGAACAAUAUAUUCAGGUUUAGGAGCAACACAUGCUGCCAUCCAGACAAUGGCUGUUUUCGAAAUGGCCUGAUACAUACUACCUACGAAUGCAGUAUGCAGUAGGUACUGCAUACUGCAUACUGCAUUUGAAUUUAGUAUAUAGUAUGACUGUUAGGUUUGAUCUUGUCUGCAGGAUCCUGGGCCAGACGUCACUGGAUUUCUGUUUUUUUUAUGGAAGACCUUGGAGGAAGACAAUGCCAAACCGCAUUCUACAUGUGCUACAACAGCAUGGCUCUGUAGAAGAAGAGUCCAGGUGCUAAACUGGCCUCCUGUAGUCCUGACAAACAUUUGGAGCAUCAUGGAAUGAAAAAUUAGAGAGAGGAGACUCUAAACUGUUACCCAUCUGAAAUCUUAUAUUUCACUUUCAAAACUCCAGAAUUUGUAAACGUUUAGGAACCCAGGAGACAGGAGUGUUAAAGAAGAGGUGAUGCAACACGAUGGUAAACAUGCCCCUGCCCCAACUGUUGUAAAGGUGACAUAUCAUGCAAAAUUGACUUUUAAAUGGUUCUCUACCUGAAAUAUGUGUCCCUGUCUACAAACCCCCCGAGAAUGAAAAGAAUCCAUUCUGCCCCUGUUCUGAUUUCUCCACCUUUCUGUAAAUGUGUGCUGAAACGAGACGUUUCAGUUUUCAGUGUUUUUCAUACGUCACAACGCCAUCCGGUCUGUAACAGGAAGUCAGAGAUCGGAGUUUGUUCAGCCCAUAGACUGUAUAAAAUACAACUCAACCCCUCCUCCGUUUUUCAUUACCUGCACACAUGUGUGCUAACAAGGAGCUUAGGAGGGAGGCAUGCUAGUUGUAGGCUGUCUUAAUAAACACAAAGGUCGGUUUUACUCCCCACGUCUGCAGAUUUGAAGAUCUAGUGGAUGAUUUUUAUUUAUCAUGGAAAAGUGCUAGCGCUAGUUAGCAUAGCCACAUAGCUACAUGUUCGUAGCUGUGUACCAAGACACACGUUGACAUGCUGACAAAUAAAACAACAAGAAACACUAAAUCUGUGACCAAUCCUUCAGAAAGGUCCUGCUACAGGUGCCUCUCCAUCAGGAUCAGAUUCUGGAUCAGAUUCAGAGGGUUGAAGUAACGUGAUCUCUGAGCAGCCGUGUAUAUUCAGCCAACAUGUAAACAUUAGAUCAACGUGCCGGAGAGCCGAGGCCACACCCACUUCCUGAGGGGGCGUGGUCAGAGAGAAAACAGACUGUUCUGAGGAGGGCUGAAGAAGAGUGUUUUUCAGGCAGACCAAAAUCUGAUUUCAAAGUGUUUUUUUGAGCAUAAACUUUAAAGACAUGUUUUGGGGACCUCUUAGACCAAUAUAUGUUGAUGAAAAAAGCGUGAUAUGUCACCUUUAAAACAUUUUCAGAUUCAACAUUUGAUGUAAUUUCUUUGUCCUUUUUUAAAAUAUAUACUUUUAAUGAUUUGCAAACCAUCUAAACAUGUAUUCAUGGGGCACCGUUGGCCUUGCAGUCUAAGCGCACCCCUUGUUGCAGCGGUUGCAGGUUUGAUUCCCGACCUCUACCAUUUCCUGCAAGUCUUCCCCCGAAUCUCUACUCUCCACAUUUCUUGUCUCUCUCCAGCUUUUCUAUCCAAUAACUUUAAAAUAUGGUUUUAUGAACAUUUCACACAGCGUCCCAACUGUUUUUGAAUCGGGGUUGUACAAUUUUAGAAUAUGCACUGAUCAGGAAAUGUUGUGUUUCUUUAUGCUGAAGAGAAAAUCAUUAACAAUUGAUACUUAGAGACGCUCUUAUUUUGCUGCACCUCCACAGUCCCUCUGUGGAGGUCUACCUGACCGACUCGUGGUUUUGUAUGUGACGGACACGUUUGUCCCUUUCCUGUUUUAUUGUUUUUUACUCAGAGCAUUAAAAACAACAGUUGCUGUACAUCUUUAGCUUUACAUCUUGUAGCAUGAUUAUAAGUACUGUAGUCACAUGGGAACAAAGUUGAGUUAAGCUGAGCUCAUUUGUUCUGUUUCAUGCUGAGUGCCAUAACGCUUGCAGAAAGCCACAACGUAGAGUCUGGAGCCUGGAGCACUUUAAUGAACACAGAGAUAGAACCUUCAAGCUCUGAGAGGAGGAGGGGAUCAGGGACAGAGAAGUGCACAAGUGUAUGGGUUGUGAAUGUGCUGGUGGCCCACAGAGCCAGUACUGUUUGUGUAAUAAGAUGUAUAUGAUGUCAAAUAAUCAAUAAUUCAGUGUUAUCAGUUUGAUUUUUUCCUUCCAAGAUUGUCUUCCAAUAAACAGCUGGUUUUCUGGUUCUUCUUGGUCGGUGCAGAGAUGCAAUUCUUAAUUCUUGAUUCAUAAUGAACAGUAUUGAUUUGUUGGUCACUGCCUUGUUUAUUUUGGUUGAUGAAUUAGUGAAUGAAAGUAAUUACUGACUUUAAAUAAGCUUUACAAAGAAGGGCCCACAACGCUGCUCCACUUUCUUUUUUUCCAUUACUUUGUCCAUUUGCACGGCUGUCGUCCAAAUAAAUCCUCAUCCUGUGA